AAUGCCGGUUAUCGGCUUUUCUCUCCUCGCAAGCUGUCACACUGACUGCUUGAAAGGAUAGGAGAGCCGGGCACUAAUGAUCAGUGUGCCCUGAUGAUCAGUGUAGCCCCAGCAGUGCCACCUGUCAGUGCCCAUCAAUGCCAGCUAUCAGUGCUCAUCAGUGCCACCUGCCAGUGCCCAUCAGUGCCACAUCAAUGCCACAUAUCAGUGCCUAUCAGUGCCCAUCUGAGCUGCCUUUCAGUGUCACCUAUCAGUGCCAGCCAGUGUUACCUAUCAGUGCUGCCAAUCAGUGCCCGUCAGUGCCACCUAUCA